AUGAAGACUAGACUCUACGUCUGUACGGCCUGUAUGCGCAGAAGUUUCUCAACCGCUCUCACUCUCCGAAAUUCACAAACAGCUAUUGCGCCAUCGAAUCCUCCAAAUGCACCCAAACUCCAGCUUCGCGAUCUGACGCCGUCAGACCUCUCAUACUACUGGGAUACACGAAUACCGAAUGAAUCCCAGCUUUCCUACGCGGAUAAGUUCUUCACUCCAUCGCGUCAUUCUCCAGUCAAAUUAUGGUCCGCCAGCAAAUUCCGCACAACACCCCUCUCGUCGCUCGAACCCGAAGUGGCUUUCCUUGGCCGUUCGAACGUCGGAAAAAGCUCGUUACUCAAUGCCAUAAUGGGGAAGGAGAUGUGCUGGACUUCAUCUAAACCUGGCAGAACUCGGGAGAUGAACGCAUUCGGGAUUGGAGGGACCAAGGGCGGCGAAUCCAAAAUUGUCCUUUUGGACAUGCCAGGGUAUGGAAAGGGAAGCAGGACGGAAUGGGGUAUUGAGAUUUUGAAGUACCUUCAGGGACGGCGCCAGCUUCGUCGGGCAUUUAUCUUAAUAGACAGCCUCCACGGGAUCAAAAAGAAAGACGAGGACAUUCUCAUGCUAUUCCGAAAAUACGCCAUCCCCCACCAGAUUAUCCUAUCGAAAGUCGACAAGGUAUUAGCAAAGAGAAAACAGCAGGUUAAGAGCGGCGCAUCCGUGGCCAAUGUCGCUGCGCUAAGAAGCCUGCUUCAACAUCUCAGGCCAAUAGUUCAACCGGACGGUCGUGUCGAAGGCCCUGGCGCUUUGGGUGAAAUUCUCACAUGCAGUGCAGAAACACCUACUGGACCGGGGCAAUUCCUAGGCAUCAGCGCCAUACGAUGGGCCAUCUUAUCUGCUGCUGGGUUCGAUGGCAAUGUAGAAGUGAAAGCUGAGUCUAUACCGUCCAGCUCGUCCGUCCGAGGCGCUUCGGCAGCUCCACCAUGA